AAGCCCACAUUCACUACAUCAUCAGAGGGGAGGGGAGGGGCUUUUUCAUUUCUCGUCUCCUCCCUUCUCUCAAUGCCCACCCUCUUCCCUCCUAUCCCUUCUUGACCCGCCGCGCUCUCCUCCCGAAAAUACCAAAUGGCUAGCGCCGGCAUAGCAUGCGAGAGCUUUCCUCGCCUGUCCGCUGGUGGUAUCCCGCUAGUUUCUCCCGCAAAUCAAGAUGGUCGGCCGCCUUUACACGAGGAAGAAUCGGAAUGGGAAUACGAGUACUCUAAGACGGAGACCGAGACCUUCUACGUGACUCUCGACCUAUCCAAGAUCGACUUCGCGAGCCGUGAAGCUAGCACUGCUAACCGCGGCGGCUACCGUGGCGGCGAGAAGGCCGAACGAGCCAAGCUGUACCUGAAUAGACGCAUGGGCCCGGGAGGUGCCAGUCCCGACAACAGCGACGAUGGCGCGGACGCGCCGUCGCAGCGGCAGCGUCCUCCGCCGAAGCACAAUUCAGACGCCACCGACGAUGACGACGACCACCAGGUCCAGAUCCUCGAGCUCCACUCGCACCACCCCGUCAUCUCGUACCGGGGACACGUCUACGCCGGCCAGUGGAGUCAGAAUGCCGGCACUGAGCUGCUCCUGACGCGGCGCGACGACGAUAACCCCGUGCCCGCUCUGCGCUGCCUCGGCCACGACGUCGAGCUGCUAGCCGCGAGCUGCGCGCGCAUCACCGUUAAGGAGAAGCAGCUCAAACCCAAAGACAACGCAGCGCUCAAGCGGUGGCACGGCGCCUCCUCUUCCACCACCGCUUCUGCCGCCCCCCCUUCCGGAGCUGCCGAGAAGACGAUCAGCAGUAGCAGCAACAACGACGCGCCAAACCCCUCGGUCCCUCCACCUGAGAAAUGGGCAUCACAGUCGCGUAUCGACCAGGGAAACUUCCUCGCGAGCCUAAUCGCGCUGAAGCGGCGCCGCGGCGAGCGAGACGAGGUCACAGUUAUAGCGCGCGGCAUGGAAAAGCGGCCGGGUUCGGCGCCCCCAGGACGCCCGCGGCGGGUGGCGGUUCGAGGAAGCGGUAUCACUAAGAGGGGCGCAAAGAUGGGAGGUGUUGAAUGCUACGCUUAUCCUCCUCCUCAUCAUCGCAAGUACGACCGAUACCGCAGGGGAGGGCUAAGCCUGCUUCGUGGGAGCCUGAUGCGCGGGCCAAGGAGGCGACGUGGCACCGCUGCCACCGCCGCUGCCGGCGGAUCUGAUCUAUUACGCACGCUGAAUAUACGCGGAGGGGCAGGAUAUGUUGCUCUGGGUGGUGGGAGGGGGGGAGAAAGUGCAGACGUUAAAAGGGUUGGGUCUCUGCUGGUCGCGGGGUCAAUGCCUACGCCGAGUCGGUGGGACGAACUGCAAGAGGGAGAAGGAGGCGGUGAGGGUGGAGUAGAGCGGAUAGGCGAGUCUGGAGAGGAGGAACACGACGGCGACGACAUAAGGAUGGAAGAUAUCUACGAUGACGACGAAGAGGAAGGGGAAGAGGAAGGGGAAGAGGAAGGGGAAGAGGAAGAGGAAGAGGAGGAGGACGACGACGACAGAGACGAGAACCCGUACAUGGGGCCCGAGGACGACGACGACAACGAUGAGGACGACGAGAGGGGGUAUGGAAGAGUGGGGUAUAUGGACGUCGACCUCGAUAACGAGAAUUGAUGGGGUCCCCGUACACGUGGUACCGUCCGAGGACCCACUACGGCAUUGGCUGAAGGGCAGGGGGGAGUGCGCAUAUCCAGACUUAACAGCUUGCGAAAGAGGUGCCUAGGUCUCGUCUCGGAUAGGUGUUAGACGAGCAGCAGAUGCGCGUAGGUGUAGGGAAGACGGAAUGGGCACGCUGCUCAAACAGACGCUGGCGUAUUUCUUUGUUGAGUCACAUCUGUCCU